UGAUUCAGUGUAUUGGAAUCGUCGUAUACAAGUAGAGGUGUGGUACAAUCAUACAGGUAGUACAUGAACCAUACAUGCACAACAUAUGAAUCAGUGUUGUUUUUGGUUGUGUUCCUUAUGGAAAAUAAGGAUUGGUUAAGAUUAACAAAAACAACGUAUAUCUAAUCAGGGAUUAAGGUGUAUACAAUAUGGAAAGUACUAUUAGUAGGCUCCUAGUACCAUUUUUCACCUUUAUCCCUUGCAUUGUUACAUAAGCUAUUUCUUCUCUCUGAGGCCACCCCAGGCAUGCAAAAUGCUAAAGUUCACCAAACCUUUUCUUUGACAUCUGCAACCCAAAACAUUUUAAAGCCUGCAAUCAUGUCCCAAAUCUCUCAGUUACCUCCAAUCCUGUCGAGAACACAACGUGAACUUGUGGCAAGUGUAAACCAAAAUAAGACUAGCUCAAGACCUGCGCCAUGGAAGCACUAAGAAACUGUAGUUCACCAUGUUUGCUGAUCUUUGUGCUAGCACUGGCCCAUUGGUGCAGCAUCUCAAUGGCGAGCUGCACCUUCACCAUAUCGACCUACUGCUCCCAGCCCAUAUGGCCGGGGACGCUCGCUGGCGCGGGCACGCCGCAGCUGUCGACGACGGGGUUCAGGCUCGAGCCGGGGCAGACCGUGCAGGUCCCGGCGCCAACGGGAUGGUCCGGCCGGAUAUGGGCGCGCACUGGCUGCGUGUUCGACGCUGACGGCAAGGGCACUUGCCAGACCGGCGAGUGCGGGUGGCGCAUGGAGUGGGCCGGCACCGGCGCUACGCCGCCGGCGAUGCUGUUCGAGGUCACGCUUGGGAAGGGCGCCGCCAACCUGGACUACUACGACGUGAGCCUCGUGGACGGGUACAACCUGCCGGUCGUCGCCGUUCCGCGGGCGCGGCAGGGCGGCAGCGGCUGCAACGCCACCGGCUGCAUGGCCGACCUCAACCGAUGUACGUGCCCCGCGCCAUGCACUAAUGCUUGCAUCCGUGCCAUGUAA